CAGGAGACAUCACAUUUCGACAGUUCAAGAAUUGUCAUUUGAGAAAAUUUGUGAUGAAAACAGAUAAAAUGGAAAGCGCGAAAAACGCGGACGCUAAAUUAUCAAAAAGUUCGUUACACAAGGAGAAGAAAAACACCCACCUCUAUUUCAACGACAAAUAUUUGAAAAAAAUUCCAAAAUUUGCAAACCCCCAUCAUGUGCUAGUUCUCUACGUUCAUAACAACGAAAUUCACGAAAUCACCGGCUUGGAACACGCGCACAACUUGACCAAUUUGUAUUUGCAAAACAACAGGAUUUUGCGUAUUGAAAAUUUGGGCAAUUUGAGGAAGCUCAAAAAAUUGUACUUAGGGCAUAACACGAUCAGUGUCGUGGAAGGGCUGCAAAAUUUGCAAAAUUUGGAGGUCUUGCAUCUGGAAAAGCAGUGUUUGUUUGAAGGAAACUGCCUGUGUUUUGACCCCAGAAGCGUAAAUGCCUUAUCACACACGCUCCAAAUCCUCAAUAUAUCGUACAAUAAAAUCCAGACGAUCUCGUCUUUAGCGCCCCUUAAAUCGUUAAGAGUGUUCAAUGCCUCUCAUAACGAACUCAGUAACAUUGACGAGGUUUGCGGAGUUAUAAAAGACUGGUUUUAUUUGAAAGACCUAGUUCUCGCCGCCAACCCCAUCUGCAAAAACCGGCUGUACAAGGAGGAAAUUAUCGCCAACGCCUAUUGUUUAGACACACUGGACCAAAAAAAUAUUUCCGACCACACCCGAAAUUUUUUGAAGCGGCUUCACGGCGAACGCAUCGCCCAGAGAUUACACAAAAGCGUAAAUUUGGCAAACAAGGUUCCAGAAUUGUCGAAAAAUUACUCGUCCGCCAUUCAAAAAGCGGUAUCGAUCAGUAUAUUGAAGCAAAAUAAGGAAUUAGACGACGAAAUAUUCGAUGAAAAAAACGCAGUUUACAUUCCGUGGAGAACACUACCCAAGCCGCAACAUGUUGCCAAGUUGCGACAGCUCAGUAAGAAUCACAAAAAAACGCAAAAACGAAAGUCAUCGUCAAAUGUCGACACUUUAUUCUCACAUUUAAAAAUAUAAAAUUUACAAUU